UCUUCUCACACACCCACCUGAUGAGCGCUGCGUCAACACACUUUGAUUCCUGAGUUGCUUGCACUGCUGGGGAUCGCCACGAGGUACGUCUGCGACCGGAAUAGCCCACCGAGAAAGUGCAUUCCUGCGACGAAUUCCAACUCCAUGGAGUGUGUGGUUUUCCAGUCCGCUGACUGAGAGUCGCGACGAGCCUCCCUGCCGAACUGUCUGCCAUGGAGGACAACUAUUACGAAGGUUCCUACGUGGAUACCGACAUAUUGAACAACCUGACCCUAUACGGAUUCAACGACUGGCUGAAUUUCACCGGGAACCCUUGCCAGGACGCGGCGCCCUGUGGCGUGGAGCCGUGCGUCGCCAGUGGGCACGGGGGAGGUGGCGGGAGCGACCGGACUUCCCAACGAGUGCUGCUGUCCGUCUUGUAUCUGAUCGUCUUCCUGGUGGGAUCUGUCAGCAACGGGCUGGUGCUAGUCGUUGUGUUGUCGGAACGCGGCCGUCGCCACCGCCGGCAAUCCUCCAUGGAGGUCUUCAUGGCCCACCUAGCCCUUGCCGACCUGAUUCUGGCUACAAGCCUCCCCUUCUGGGCGGUGGAUGAGGCUUGGGGCUGGAUCUUCGGCUGGGUGUCCUGCAAGCUGGUCGGCGCGCUGUACAACCUCAGCUUCUACAGCAGCCUCUACGCGCUCGUGUGUAUCAGCUUCGAGCGGCGCCUGGCGGUCGUGCGCUCCGCCCCGACGCGGCCCCGGCACCUGGGGCAUUCCAUUGGCGCUCGGGUCGCCAGUCUCGCCGUCUGGCUGACCUGCCUCCUGCUAACCGUGCCUGAUUUCGUCUACCUGCGGCUCGUGCCGUUCAACGGGGGCUCCCUACAGUGUGUGCAUCAUUACGGGGAGGAAGGAAACCGGGCUUGGGUGGUGGGCCUCCGCUGCUUCUACCACGCCACCGGCUUCCUGCUGCCGCUGACGAUCAUGGCUUACUGCUACCUCAGCAUCGGACGCACCAUCCUCCGGGCGAACGGAGCCCGGCGGCGCCGGGAAUGGCGGGCGCUGAGGGUAAUCGCGGCAGUGGUCCUGGCCUUCCUACUCUGUUGGACUCCGUACAACGUGACGCUCAUGUUGGAGACUGUGCACCGGCUGGGCGCUCUGGACCGGGACUGCGCCUUUGAGCGGCGAAUGGACCUGGCCUACACACUGACCGGCUGCCUGGCUAACCUGCACUGCUGUCUCAACCCCUUCCUCUACGCCUUCGUGGGCAUCCGCUUCCGCGGGCAGCUGCACGACCUACUGCGAGGAUGCGUACGGCGGAACAGGGUCGGGACCUGGCGGAGGGACUGGAGCGGCCGCAGCCGUAACUCCACUGUGUCCGGCGGCAGCGAGCUGGGCAACACGUCCAACUCCUGGAUCUGAAAUUUGGAGGGGCCAAAACACAAACCCAUCCUUCCACCCACACCCUCACACACUUCCGCACCCCACACCCACACACACUCACACUUCCGCACCCCCCACACACACACUCACACUUCCGCACCCCCCCACACACACACACACUCACAUUUCCGCACCCCAACUCACACUUCCGCACCCCCCACACACACUCACACUUCCGCACCCCCCCCACACACACACACUCACACUUCCGCACCCCCCCCACACACACACACUCACAUUUCCGCACCCACACUCACACACUCACCCUCCACACACCUUCACACAUACUCACACACCCCACACACACUCGCACACUCGUACAUGCACACACACACUCACUUCCGCACCCCCCACACACACCGUCCACACACACUCACACACUCGCAGGUGCGCGCGCGCGCGCACACACACACACACACACACACACACACACUCGCAGGUGCGCGCGCGCGCGCACACACACACACACACACACACACACACACACACACACACACACGCACAAACA